UCGAACGAAUGAUGUUUAAUUACAAAUUAAAACUGUAAAAUCAAACUUGUAUACUGAAGUGUUAAAAUCGAAGGAUAAUCCAUAGAAUAAUGACGAUAAUGAAGACGACGCUGAGAAUUAUAAAUGGAAAAUUAUGAGAAAAAGAGGAAAAUGGACAAGGACAAUCGACUUAGAGCAGCAGCAUCACCGACGGUGUUGUUGCCAAUGUAGAAAUAGAAAAAAAGCCGUGGUGAAUGUCAAUCUGUUUCUUGAAUAAGAGAGGGAGAGAAAAGGAAAGUGGGAGAGAGUGGAUCGUAAAACCAGCUAAUGUGUUCAUAUAUUGAUGACAAAGUCGAAAUUCAUUUCAAAAAUGUCGCCAAGGAUCUCAAAACUGCAGAACAACAACGCUUCAAUGUUCAGUCAGUAAAUGCAAUAAUAGGCCCUUGAUGACGUAAUCAAACGCACAAUGCUCCCUUGGAAAAUGGACUUUUGCAUCAUAUUUUAUGUGGUUUUAUUCCUUCAAAUGGUCAACAUUGCCAGAUGCGAUCACCGAACUUACACUGCUGCACAAUUGGAAAAUAUUACAAAGACCUUAACACAAAUGCUUGGAGGAUAUGACAUUCGAUUGAGACCCAAUUUUGGAGGCGACCCUUUACGUGUGGGCAUGGAUUUGACGAUAGCCAGCUUUGAUGCGAUUUCUGAAGUGAACAUGGAUUACACGAUAACAAUAUAUCUAAACCAGUACUGGCGAGACGAGCGCUUAGCAUUUAAUUCCUUUAUACCGUUUGGUGAAAAUUCACGCAACGAUUUCAACGAUUUGCUCACAUUGUCUGGAGAUUUUGCCGAACGUAUAUGGGUGCCCGACACAUUCUUCGCAAACGAUAAGCAUAGUUUUUUACACGAUGUCACCGAACGAAAUAAGUUAGUGCGUUUGAAUGGUGAUGGCACCGUCACAUAUGGCAUGCGAUUCACAACAACACUCGCCUGCAUGAUGGAUUUACACUAUUAUCCCUUGGAUUCGCAGAAUUGUACGGUCGAAAUCGAGAGCUAUGGUUAUACAAUGUCGGAUGUUCUGAUGUAUUGGCAGCCUACAGCCGUGCUUGGCGUUUUCGAUACCGAACUUCCACAAUUCACCAUAUUAGGGUUCGAAACGAAUGACAGAAAAGAACAACUGGCAACGGGAACGUAUCAGCGCUUGUCAUUGUCGUUUAAACUUCGUCGAAAUAUUGGUUAUUUCGUAUUUCAAACAUAUUUACCGAGCAUUUUGAUUGUGAUGCUGUCAUGGGUGUCAUUUUGGAUAAACCAUGAAGCGACUAGUGCCAGAGUAGCAUUAGGAAUCACAACUGUUCUGACAAUGACAACGAUCAGCACUGGAGUUCGCAGUUCAUUGCCACGAAUAUCCUAUGUUAAAGCCAUCGAUAUCUAUCUGGUGAUGUCUUUUGUAUUCGUUUUUGCAGCUCUCCUCGAAUACGCUGCCGUCAAUUACACUUACUGGGGAGCACGAGCCAAGAAAAAGCCCAAAAAGAAUAAAACUGAGCAUAAGAUUACAGGUAAAAUAAAGUCAACUAAAAAUGAUGGCUGCUGUUCAUCAUCCGAAGACAUAAUCGAAUUGCAAGACGUUCGAAUGAGUCCGAUAGCAUCGUUGCGUCAUCGUCAAUACACAUGUGCCAUAAGCGCGUGUGGUACAAAUAAUUCAGGAACUUUAGAACAAGCGGAUUUUUCGCAAUUUCCGCCAAGUUUUCGCAUCGCACGAAACUAUGGCGUUGGUGUGUCUAGCUUGAGCCGAAACAAUCCAAACUAUGGUUUGCGUUAUCGAAGCCCAAACAGUGGCACGGCCACAUGCCCAAAAAAUCCAAACGUAUACCAACGGCCAAAGAUGUUCCAUGCAAUUCGACGCGGUGCCCGUGUGUUGAGAAAAUCAUUGCCAACCAUAAAAGAUGUUAAUAUUAUUGAUAAAUAUUCACGCAUGAUAUUUCCCAUUAGUUUUCUAGCAUUCAAUGCUGGCUAUUGGAUAUUUUACGCGUUAGAAUAAUGAAAAUCUAAACAAAAAGAGAACAGAAUGCAAACUCACUUUAAUUCACUUACUCGAUUGUUCGAUUUGCAAUGUAUACACUUGGAUGAAUGGAUUCAUGCAACAACCAUUAUAUUUUUUUCUAUAAACAACGACAUUGUCAAAAUUUACAACAACAACAACAACAAAAAACAUCAAUAGCAAACUUUCAUCUUUGAAUCUGCAAAACUAUGCGAAUAACACUAAAUUUCAACAAAAUCAAUUACCAAAUAAAAAUUUACCAAAAAAAAGUAUUUCAAACGUAGAACUUAGAACAAGCAACAAGAAAAACAACAACAAAAAUGGAGAAAUAACAUUUUAGCGCUGAAUUAUAAAUGAUAGAAAAUAUUUAAAGAAAAACAGCAACAAAAUUUUUUUUUAUUUAAAAUCAGCAUCUGACUAGUUGAAAUUACAUGCAAUCCGAUUCUAUAAUGCGGUCGACUAAACAAACAACAAAAUUAGGUUUAAGAAAUCAAUACACAGAAAGAAAAACCAGCUGGGUGAAAAUCAAUUGUUCAAAUAAAUGAAAUAAAUCGAUUGCUAA